AUGUUUGACAACUCUCACUAUCCCUUCAACUGCUUCAACUACGACGGGGACGGAUACCCGUCUUCUAGCACUGAUGAGGACAAGAAAAUGUGUCGCCCCGCAUACAGCUACAUCGCCCUGAUAGCCAUGGCCAUCCAGCAGAGCCCGGAGCAGCGGGUCACUCUGUCGGGCAUCUAUGAGUUCAUCAUGAAGAGGUUCCCGUACUACCGAUCCAACCAGAGGGCCUGGCAGAACUCCAUCAGACACAACCUGUCUCUCAACAGCUGUUUCAUCAAGGUUCCACGGACAGAGGGCAACGAGAAGGGGAAGGGAAACUACUGGACUUUUGCCACAGGAUGUGAAUCCAUGCUCGACCUGUUUGAAAACGGCAACUUUCGGCGACGCAGACGGAGGAGGAAUAUGAAAAUCGGCCUCCGUGAUUCAGCAGAGUCCUCUUUUCCUCCCAUGGAGAGCCACAGAAACCAGCAAGUGACCUCGUCUCACCGGCCUGAACUCGAAUCCCCUCUCUGCCGCUUGACCCCUGAGAGGCCGAGGUCCAGCCCCAGACAAAACCACCUGAUCCCUAACUCUAACCAGCAGAGGAAACCAGAGUCAGAGAUCAAGUUCAGCAUUGACUACAUCCUGUCUACCCCAGAUCCUCGUCUGUCUGGGUUCAGCUCUGCUCACGGCCCGGUCCAUAUGCUGCCUACAGCGGGGCCCGCUCAUGUUCUGGAGCCUCAACACCUGAACCUGCACUUAUGGGCUCUUUGA